AGACAAUGUAAGCAAAAGUUUCACAUUUGGCAACCCAAUGGCAGCCCCGCUGAUUCCCGACCUCGCCUCAAAUGUGGAAGGCGUUAUUGAGCGGCUGACAAAUUUGGCGCGAGACGGCAUAUCGCGCAGAGAGCCAAACAGUCUAUUCUAUGCUCUGUAUGUGCAAGUGACUCGAGCCGUACAGCUGGGAAUGCAGUCAAAAAUGUUCAAGGAUCCUGCGGAGAUGGAACGAGUGGAUGUGAAGUUUGGCAACAUCAUGUUCGAGUAUGUGGCAAAGUAUCGCCAGGGGCAGGAAGUCCCAAAGUCCUGGACCUUCUUUUUUGAGCUGAACCAACAGCCUGGCUUGUCCGCUGCGCAGCACAUGCUGGCGGGCACUGCGCCGCACAUAUUGCAUGACCUCCCCUUGGCCAUCGCCGAGGUGGUGCCGAAGGAGGGCCUCCUGGCGUUCAAGCAGGACUUCGAGCUGAUGAACCGCAUCUUUUUGCACAUCAUCGACGAGGUUCAAGUCGUGCUGGGCCGCCAGAGCUUCGGCAUGAGGCUGGCGGACACGUUGCUCUGUCGCGCAGACGAGGCCAUCGCCAUGACGGCCCUAAGCGCCAUGCGGGAUAGCGGCUUCGAGGGGGUGCAGCUCGCGAAGGAGGGUGGCGGUGACCAGCUGGACUCGAGGGCCUUGUCCCUGGAGCAAGUCAUCUGCGGCGCGCCGUCCUCGUGGCUGCUGUGCUGCGUGGGCGUGCCCGAGCCCUCGAAGUUCGCGCCGCUGGUGGAGCAGAUGCUCGACUUACCGCAUCCAUCCCUUCCAAGCGACACCCUUUGACCAUCUGAAUUCGCUCCGGCACCCGAGAGAUGGCUACAUUCUCGACCAUCUAUCCCAGGGCCGGAGAUGUCUCGACGCUUUGCUGCGCAUGGACUUCGGGAGCGCACCAUCUCUCGGUCUUAGUUGGAGUCCAGAGUGGCCGGCAGCUUGCUUCGGCGAGUCACGAAGUGACAUGAAGCUGCGCGGUUGUGAUGCCUUCGCUUUUUUUGCAAGUUGUGAUUAUUCGAUCCUUGGCAUUAGGCGGAGUGAUAUGACACACUCCCUCAGACGAACGUGGAAGCUCCCAGAAAACCUCUGUAAACGGAGGUAAGGCAUGCCUGUUGCUCUAAGGGCCUGCAACAUGUCUUUAUGGGUGCCUCUCGUUUGGCUGGGGUCGUGCGAUCGCGCAGAAAGACC